AUGCAUCCAAAACCAGUUAAAUCUAAAGUGGUGGCUUCGAGGCUUUUGGCCAAGAAGUCCAACGCCAUGAAGGAAAUUGAAGAGUGGGUCAUGAAGGACGUGUCACUUAAUGAUGCUGCUUCAAGGAUCGGCAAACUUCCAGAAAACGUUACAGAAGAACGGAUGUUUAAAUCUAGACUUUUCGAUAUUGGGAAGGAACGGUAUAAAUACCUGAGCAAGAAUGCUUACGAAAUGAAAAUGUUUUCAGAUAAAUAUAAAAAGAAGAUGGCACUUGCUCGUCAACAAUUACAGACGCAUCACAGAAGUCUGUCAGCGAAUGACGUCGCACGUCCAGUCAAAUAUGACGUCGAUAGAGCCAGGCUCAGUCUUGAUCCGCGAAUGUUACGUAGAACACAGGACACAUCGCAAGACGUCGAGGAUGCUACAACUCCCGUGAUGACAAGGUCUAAAACCGUGUCCUUCCUACCAACAGCAUUAAAUAAACAACAAUCGGAUUUAUCACAGCCUCGAACCAGUACUCCAGCCCGAACCAACAGUCAACAAGCAGUACUUAAAGCUCUCAGAGAUAAGUCCCAGUUUGGUUCCAGACCACUUUCGCGUGGAACAUCUUUUAAUCAAACGCCUCGAUCAGAUGAUGAUUCCUCAAGCAAAUCGUGGGUAAAAAGAAACAAAUUUUCCAAAUAUGGCGGAAAAGUUCCGGGCGUGACAUCCGACCCAAGAUAUGCUCAGCUUGAAGGAUCUUUAUCCCCCUUCUAUCAUGGAAAGCCUGGGUCACCAGCAAAACCUCCCGACGUCAAGGGAAUCGUCAAUAGCAUCGGAUCACUGCAUAAGCCAUCCAGAAAUAUUAAGGAAGUAAGACCUAAACUCACUCUGAAGUUACAAGCAUUCAUGAAAGAACGGGGAAUAGUGUUUUAG